GCCCUACUAUUUCAAUUCUGCUCACGUAGUUGAACAGACGUUGCCAAGAUGAACUCUCUUAUUGUCAUUGCUUCUCUGGUGGUGUUGUGUGCCGCGCAGGCGCAAGCUGCGGCAACGACAGUGAAGGUGCAUCACCACUCCCACGCCACACACGAGGCCAAGGAGACAGAUCAGUACUCCUUUACCUAUGACGGGAGAACUCAUGACAUGAUUGUGAAGACAACAGACCACUGCUAUAUUAUGCCGUUGACAGACAAACAGAGAGGCAUGGUCCACGACCCUGCAGACAUCAAGAAAGUCGAGGCUGCAGCUCUCAAGCUGAUCAUCGACAAAUCUGUUGACAGCAAUGUUGAUAAGUCUGUCCUUGACCACCAUCUUGCACACUUUUGCAGAGGUUCCGCUCAGAUAACCGUCCUCGCCAACAAUUAGUCAAUGUUGUCAUCGUCAUAACAAGACCAGUAACAUAACUUGGUUCCGUUCAGGGGAUGCCCGGUGUAUAUACAGGAGUGAAAUAAACUGACCACCUGGGA